UUCGUUUGGUAACCUCUGCCCCAUUUAUUAAAAGUUUAUCAAUGCUGUUUUUUUUAAUGAAAAUAUAAUUUUUUAUGGGUGAAUAUGAAAGUAUAUCUCCUUAUGCUACAAUAAAGUCUAGUAUGAGAGAAAAUUUGCAAUCAUCUAUAUGCCUGGAUACUAAAACUAAUUAUAUUAAAGAUUUUAUUGAAGAAAAAAAGAAAGAAAAAAAGAAAAAGAACAAAACGAUAAAUAAAAAAGAGAAAGAUGUGACUAAACCUUACAUAAGUCACCCAACUGACUUUGAGCACACAGUCCAUGUUGGUUUUGAUUCUCUAACUGGAGAAUUUACAGGUAUGCCAGAAUCUUGGACUCGACUUCUUAAAUCGUCUGAUAUAACUGCCAGCGAACGCAAGAAAAAUCCCCAAGCUGUCAUAGACGUCUUGAAUUAUUAUGACAGCUCUUACUUAAGACGCGCGGACAAUGAACCAUAUUUCGAUAAGCUGACUAGCAAUCAUUUCGGACUUGAUAACGAUAAUUAUUCUUCCGCCAAAUUUAUGAUGACCGAUUUUUACAACCCGCACUCUCCUUCCAGUCAUUCCUCCCGUAACUUUGGUGAUGCGUAUACAAACAACACGAACAUUAACGGCAACAUCGGAAACUAUAAUAACAACAAUAUUUAUAACCACACUCACCCCAAUGGUUUAUCACAAGCCACUGCCCCUUUCACUUACUUGUGCGAUAAAUUAAUCACGAAAGUAAUUCUGAAAAACGUCGACGCUAACCAGGCCACCAUAACCAGUCGCUCUUUGAAGCAUAACACCCUAAUUUUUUCAAAUUCAACGAACGAACGCGACUCAAACGCGGAUACCAAUACUCUUAUAGAUGCCUCCGAGUUUAGACCUAAUAACGAUCAAAAUUAUUACAAUGACUGCGAUGAAACUCCGCCAGCUAUAUCUGAUCGACCUGAGCGUACUAAAUCUAUCUAUACAAAGCCCGUCGAGAACCAAGAUUACACUAGUUAUCUUGGUAAUCAACUGUCCUCCCCUUAUUUCAACCAAUUCGGUAGCUUCCCACCACCAAAUUCUUCUCAUUGCAACACAAAUAAUAAAAAUAAUGGUAUGUUGUUACCCGAUAAUAAUUUUAAACAACCCAAACAAAUCAAUGGGAAACAACCGCAUAUCGCAAACGAUUGCAAUAACGAUAAAAAUGUGGAAAGUAGUUGCGUGAUAAACAAUUACGGAAACAAUAGCAAAAAAUCUAUUAAAAUGACGGACGAACAAGUCGUACAAAUGUUAAGGGGCAUAGUUUCUUUAGGAAAUCCAAAUAAACGAUACAGCAAGAUUCAAAAAAUUGGACAGGGAGCAUCCGGAGCUGUUUAUACAGCCAUCGAAAUAUGUACAGGCAUUGAAGUAGCCAUCAAAGAAAUGAACUUGAGUCAACAACCCAAAAAGGAACUUAUUAUUAACGAAAUUCUGGUUAUGAGGCAAAAUAAACACCCUAAUAUUGUCAAUUAUCUCGAUUCCUAUUUGGUUGGGGGCGAUGAAUUAUGGGUCGUUAUGGAGUAUUUAGCUGGUGGUUCUUUAACCGACGUUGUAACAGAGACAUUCAUGGAUGAAGGGCAAAUCGCUGCCGUGUGUAGAGAAGUGUUAAACGCUUUGGAAUUUUUGCACAGAAAUCACGUGAUUCACAGAGAUAUCAAAAGUGAUAACAUAUUAUUGGGCAUGGAUGGAUCCGUUAAAUUAAUCGAUUUCGGUUUCUGCGCUCAAAUUUCCUUAGAACACAACAAACGCACAACCAUGGUAGGAACGCCUUAUUGGAUGGCCCCUGAGGUCGUCACCCGAAAGAGGUACGGUCCUAAGGUCGAUAUAUGGAGUCUUGGAAUUAUGGCGGUUGAAAUGAUUGAAGGGGAACCCCCAUAUCUCAACGAAAAUCCGCUCAGGGCACUUUAUCUCAUUGCUACUAAUGGUAAACCUGAAAUACAAAGUAAAGACAAGCAAUCACCCUUGUUUCAACAUUUUUUGGAUCGUUGCUUGGAAGUCGACGUCGACAAACGCCUAAACGCUUCACAGUUAUUAAAACAUCCUUUUCUUUCUUGCGCUAAACCUCUAAUAAGCUUGCAACCUUUAAUUUUAGCUGCCAAAGAAGCUUCGAAAUCUCGAUAAAAUUUGCAUCUCAUUUAUUUAUUUUUGAAUUUACAAAUUAAUCAGGCAUUCCUAUAAUUUAGCCAUAUUAGCAACAAAAGAAUCAUUUCUAGAUUUUUUUUUCUCUUAGAAUGUAGAUUUGAUACCAAACAUUAACGGAAUUGUUUUAAAAAUAGUUGUUUAAAAUAUACAUUUAUUAUAAAAAGUUUUUUGCUAGUUGCUAUAAUUUUGGAUCGUCUUAUCCUUUAUUAUAUAGAUUUUUUAAAUUUAUAUUUUUUACUUAUUAAAAGAAGUCUCAAAUUUUAUAUAAAA